GUGGGAUUAGAAGAUCACGAGCACUUCUGGGCGGGGUUAUGACUUGGAGGUGUGGUCUCAGCCGGAAGUGCCUCGCGACUGGUCUGGCUGUCAUUUAGCCUCGGUGGGCUCUGAGGGGUGAGGACUGUAGUAAAGACGCGCCUUAGAUGGGAAAAUAAAUUAAUAAAUCAGUUAUUCCUGAAAGCAAAGCAGGUCAGGCGCUGUACGGACAUGAAAUCAAGCGAGAAACAUAUCUGACGAACUUAUUGUUGGUUUAUUUUUGGUUUAAAUCCGAGGAACUGGCUGGCUAACGUUGCCAGUUAGCUAACCAGCUAGCUUUGUGAAACAGUUUAAAAAUACGACACGGCUCUGUCACCGGGCAGGGACGACACGGCCGAACGACGAAUAACCGUACAUUUUAUUUUUUUGGUUUAAGACUCAAGCCAUAAGGAAACACACCGCCGCUGGCCGCGUAGAGAGCUUCAUCCGCUCAGUCCGAAACGAAUCUCGUCGGAGACGUCGCUCUGGAAAGAGGGUAACUGGCUUAGGGUGAAAAGUCACGAGAAAACCCGGCGAGAAGCUGGUCGAGAUGCGUAUAUUUAGCUAGCGAAGCCCCCAUAAAGAUAACGACGAAAAACAGCUAACUGGCCCGAAGCCCGAGCAAGCAGAAGACGCCAUCAGCAUUUCCCUGUUGAAAUGGUAGAGUCUGGAUAAGGUGUUGGGUAAAAAGGGAAGAGAAGUCGGAAGGAAAAAAAGAAAAGCAAUAGUUUUAGGGGGAGAAUAUACUGGAGAACAUAAAUGGGGGAUUACGGUUUUGGAGUCUUAGUACAGAACAACACCAGUAACAAGUCAGGUUUUCCAGUAAGAAUUCACCCACAUCUGCAGCCCCCACAUCAUCAGAAUGCAUCCCCAGGUCCUGCAUCCUAUAUAAAUAACAGCACGCCUGCCAAUGGCAGUGGCACUGCCUCGGCCUGGCUUUUCCCCCCGGCGGUGGCCCACGGCAACAUACAGGAUGAGAUUCUGGCUUCAGAGAAAUCUAAAGCUCAGCAACAGGAAAUACAAGAACCACAGGAAAAACAGCAGCUGUCCCCGGGCCACCAGGAAACAAGCCUCGUCUCUGAGCUCGAGAACUCCCGAUCGGAGGAGAGCAAGGGGGAGAAUGGCUCGGCUGAGAGUGCCAGUGGCAAGGAGAAGCUCUGCGUGGACUCCCCAGUGCUCGCGGGGUUUGAUUAUCAGGAGGCACCAGGCCUGGGGACCGCUGCCCCGUCCAGCAUGUCCUCCUCUUCCUCCCUGACCGGUUUUAACAGCUGGUCGGCUGCUAUCCCGCCCAACCCCUCCCCAAUGAUGAACGAAGAUGUCAACUUCUUCAACCCCGCCGCCUCGGCCAACAGCGGCCCGCUGCUCUUCCAGAACUUCCCUCACCAUGUCAGCCCAGGCUUUGGGGGCAGCUUUUCGCCGCAGAUUGGACCCAUGUCUCAGCACCACCCACCGCACCCUCACUUCCAGCACCAACAGCAUCGGAGAUCCACCGCCAGCCCCCACCCUCCUCCGUUCCCCCACAGAAAUGCUGCCUUCAACCAGUUGUCUCAUUUAUCCAACAAUAUGAACAAGCCCCCUUCUCCGUGGGGUGGCUACCAGAGCCCCUCGCCAUCACCCUCCUCCACCUCCUGGAGCCCUGGGGGUGGCUACGGCGGCUGGGGGGGCUCCCAGGGGCGAGAAUACCGCAGGGGCCUCGGGGUGGGAGUCACACCCCUCAACAGUAUCUCGCCGCUGAAGAAGUCGUUCGCCAACAAUCAUGUGCCGUCGCAGAAGUAUUCCCGCUCCAGCCCCGGCUUCAACCCCAAGCCUUGGAUGGAGGACAGCCUCGGCCGGAAUGAGAGCAUCUUCCCCUUUCAGCAGGAACGUAGCAGGCCGUUCGAUGGCUUCAGCAUGCACUCUCUGGAGAACUCCCUGAUUGACAUCAUGAGGGCUGAGCAGGACUCCCUUAAAGGCCGCUUGGGGUUCUCUCACCCCGGGGGGGAUAGCCCUUUACCCAUAAAUGCGAGGAAUUAUGGCAGACGACGAGGUCACUCCUCUCUCUUCCCGAUGGAGGACAACUUUGCAGACGACGAGCGCACCGAGCCAGCCUUGAGCGGCCUUGGCUCUCCUCACUGCUUCCCUCAUCAGAACGGGGAGCGGAUCGAGCGCUACUCCCGCAAGGUCUUCGUGGGGGGCCUUCCUCCAGACAUCGACGAAGAUGAGAUAACUGCAAGUUUCCGUCGUUUUGGUCACCUGUUAGUCGACUGGCCUCACAAAGCAGAGAGCAAGUCCUACUUCCCCCCAAAAGGUUACGCAUUCCUCCUCUUCCAAGAUGAAAGCUCAGUCCAGGCCUUGAUUGACGCCUGCAUUGAAGAGGACGGAAAGCUCUACCUGUGUGUGUCCAGUCCCACCAUCAAAGACAAACCGGUCCAGAUUCGUCCCUGGAAUCUCAACGACAGCGACUUUGUCAUGGAUGGCUCACAGCCUCUUGACCCCAGGAAGACCAUUUUUGUUGGGGGGGUACCACGUCCUCUUCGUGCAGUGGAGCUGGCUAUGAUCAUGGACAGGCUGUAUGGAGGCGUGUGCUAUGCCGGCAUCGACACCGACCCAGAGCUGAAGUACCCAAAGGGAGCCGGCCGGGUGGCCUUCUCCAAUCAGCAGAGCUACAUCGCUGCUAUCAGCGCACGCUUCGUGCAGCUGCAGCACGGCGAGAUCGAUAAACGGGUGGAGGUGAAGCCGUACGUCUUGGACGACCAGCUGUGUGACGAGUGCCAGGGCACGCGCUGCGGGGGCAAGUUCGCGCCCUUCUUCUGCGCCAACGUCACCUGCCUCCAGUAUUACUGUGAAUAUUGCUGGGCGGCCAUCCACUCGCGCGCCGGCCGGGAGUUCCACAAGCCGCUGGUGAAGGAGGGCGGCGACCGGCCGCGGCACAUCUCCUUCCGCUGGAACUAAGCAGGGGGCGCCAUCGACACACUCGCCAGACGUCAUAGAAACGCACUUUCUGUUGCAGGUUCCUUUUACUUUUUAAUUGCGUGGUAUUUAAUUUAAUCUCGAAGUACUUGCUUAUUUUAAAACUGGAAUUCUUUAGGGAGGCAGAAUACAUUUAGGAGUAAUCCCAUACCUUAGUUUCAUUCCGUUUCGAUUCACAUGUCAGUGCACUCUUGAACGCAUCAGGUAGAUAAUCAAUUCGUCUAGUCUUCUCAGAUGACUGCAAUUGUUCCCCAACCCCAUUUCCAGGAUUUGUGUGCACGCUGUAUGCAGAGUCUUCAGGCGUGUGCCUCGGGGGCGCCGUGUCCUUCCGUCGUAGGACGCACUGUCCAUGUCAUGGACCAAAGCUUGACAACGUUCAAUGAAAAAGAAAAAAAUAAAAAAUAAUAAUGUCCCAUAGGCUCAGACAGGUGGCCCUUUUCCACAGUCGAUGGAUGGCAUGUCAUCCUAAUCGAAACCAUAGUAACGCGAUUCCAUUACAGCUGUUAGCAUUAGAUGCCCCGUUUUUUGACAUGCAGAACCUAAUACCUCAAGCUUUGCUGCUAAUCUAAUGAGUAAGAGAUAGAUAAGAAGCUGCCCUACAUCUCUCCCAUGUGCACGUACAGCCAUAAUCCCCCAAACAUGCUGACCCAAUGGGAGACAGAAAUGCCAGGUGUUUAGAUGCUGCCUGGGUGAAUUCAGUGUCCUGCGUAUGGCAUGUGCUGACCACUAGGAUGCUCUGUAUGAGCUCCAGUACUGCUUUGACCUGAAGGUCUUCCAGGUUGACCAAAAUGUCUAUUGAAACCCCAUAAAUAACACUAAAGGAGUUGUAUUUCUGUAUUCUGUGGGGGAUUUGACUGUAAAACCCCGACUCUGUCUCUGCACCCCUGUAUGCGUCCUGGAGCGCGUGGCGUGGUGGGUGGCAUGGACAGAUCCCCGGCCUGCCUGGCACACAUGGUAAACGUCAGAAACUCCUGCCAAAGAUGGCUUUGCAGCGUUGCUUCCCUCAAAUCCUGUUUCAUCGUUUCAGCUCUUGGUGUCUUACGAACAUGAGAUGGGCAAACCAAAGACUGGCUUCUGAGUGAUCUGGGGCAGUCAGUGAGGUGGCCUUGCUUACACACACAGGUGCAGUUGCUCCCUUUCAUUUCCAAAGGUGAAAAUGGGGACAGGGGCUUCUAGACAUGCCGAUAUUUUGGAGAACUUACCGUCACGCCAUCACGCAGGCCUUGGGGAGGGGAAUGAGCAUGAAACACACUGAGCUGAUGUCGGUAAUUUCGGUAGUUUGUGGGUGUGCUUCCGCGUUACUCGUCAGGGAUUUAGUGCUGAAAUAUCACUUUAGAUACUCGUGAUUAACUUCUCCUCGUAUUGGCUUGAUGGUGUCUCUGCUGCACAGCUCCUACCAUGACUGACGUUCGUGGGUAUGACAGGCAAACACUUUGGCAGUGGAACACCUAUUUUGCAGACUAUGCUGUUAACGAGAUGAGACUCUUUUUCUACUACAAGGCCUGCUGAGCUUUUGGUACCGUGUUUUUUUAAGCAGAGUUAUUUUGUCAUGCACAUGGACGAGUUUAUUAUGCACUACUUUUCUAAACUUCGUUUUCCCCAGCAGUCAUUUGAGGCACAUUUUUCUCACAAAUGGGAAACUCCUUUUUGCAAUACCUCAAUUUUUCCACGUUGUGAAAAGUAGCUUUUAUACUUUUGUUACCGAGAGAUCUGCAUAUAUGGGAAACUUCAUUUAAACAAAAUGCUUUUAAUAUAUAUAUAUAUAAAUCUAUAAAUAUAUAUAUAUAAAUAUAUAAUUUUAAAUUCUGCUUUUUAUACAUUUCAGUGCUGAGGAAUCUCUCUCUCAAACUCUAAGCAUCGUGUUGCAGUAACUUCAGCGCUCUGGAAGACAGAUUGAAAGUGUAAUGCUAAAGGUCUUAUAAAGUAGCUGUUUCUGUCUUCAAACUGAAAAAGAAAAUAUAUUGAAACUUACAGCAUGGCGAGAAUAAGUUGUCAGGCUGUUAUUAAUAUUUCUAAAUGCGCACUCAACACCCUGCUCUGCUAGAUGGGGAUAAAAGGAAACAUCUCUCUGAGUUUGGGUAGCUUAAAUAUAAUGACGACAUUACCAAUAUGAAUAAUACUAAUCUGGGUGAAGUUAGGUCUUGUAUCACGAGAAUGGAUGUUAGGUGUUUAAAUAUUUUAACAUUUAAGAUGUAUAUCCUCGGGCUGCCAACUAGGUCCUGUUGUAAUCCUUAGCAUGCAUGGCGUAAGAUGAAAUGAAACCAAUACAGGAAAUAGCUUUUGAAAUUACUUGUUGUGAUUGUGCUCCAGAUGUGGUUGGAUCCUAUUGAUUUAUCGUCCGCUCCCACAUGACUUCCCCACCCCGUGUGUUACUCUCUGCCUUCUCCUUAUACACGCCUCUGCAAGAUGCACAGAUGAAAAGAAAAACAGGUUGGAAAGACUUGAUCACACGCCCCCUUUGUGCUGAGACACUGAAGGGCACUUUAAGACUUGAAUGUGGUAAAUGUUGCAAGUUAACUUCAAGUUGUUAUAUGUGCAAUACUUUUUUUGAGAUUUUCAGAUACAAAAAAAAUCUUUGCAAUGUAAUUCCUUAAUGCCAUUUUUAAUUGCAGACAUUUAAAGAAGAUGUUAAUGUUUUUCACGGUCAUUUUCUACUGUUAUUGUAAUCCUUUUCAUGCUGGUGUUUGUAAAAAAAAAAAAAAAAAAAGAAAUCAAACUAUUUGUACUAAUAUAAAAAAUUUGAAGUUAUUUUUAAAACAUUGAAAGUUUUGUGCUCAUUUGCUUACUUUAUUUCAAGCUACUGUGAUUGAUAGCAUUGUAAUUAAGUCAAUAAUGUAUUUAGCAGUUUACUGGUAUAUUUUUAAUUGGAAUGUAUGGAAUGAUUAAUUUUUAUAAUUUGAUCAGAUUUUUGUUAUAUUUUUGAGGUGAGGCUUUUAAUAUGUUAUAGUGUCUAGUUUUUACUAAUUGCUAUAUUGUGCUCCACGAUGUAUGGUUCACACUUUCAGAAGAAAAAAUGUCUGUUUAAUGAUGUUACCUAAUGGCAAAAUUCAAUAGUUUUUAACUGUGUAUGGGAAGGUUGUUGUAUUUAUUAAUAGAAUUUUUUACUUAAGAUAUCACCUUAAUUUUUAAUAUGUCAUUUCACAUGAGUUCCUAUUUUUGUAUUUUUCUUUCUAAUUAAGUUAUGUAAUACAAAUGUCCAUAUUUCUAGUUGGUCUGUAGAAGUUCUAGUGACCCAAAAGAAAUCUAAUAUUAUUUAAUUGUUUGCAGCCAACUAUUUAUAACAGUAUGCUUAAUUUUUAAAUAUUUGUAAUGUGAAAUGUUGAAUGAAUAAACCAUAACUGUGAGAAGCCA